GUCAGGAAGCGGCCAUUGUAGACCAAACCUGUAAGCCUAUCGUCUGCCGACAACCAUGCAAUCGAUUUGGAGAAAGCCACUAGUAAACCUGCUCAACGACGCUGCAGUCAGUAGACUACUGUCUUUGGAAGCUCUUCGUACUUUACACACGACAAACAGACUAAACAUGCCUAUCAAGAUUGGAGACAAAAUCCCCAGCGUCGAGCUGUAUGAGAACACCCCUACAAAUAAGGUGAACAUUGCCACAAUCUGCGAGGGAAAGAAGGUCGUCCUGUUUGCUGUCCCUGGAGCUUUCACACCUGGCUGUUCACAGACUCAUCUGCCUGGAUAUGUGAGUGAUGCUGACAACCUCAAGGCCAAAGGUAUCUCCGAGAUCAUCUGCGUGUCUGUAAACGACCCGUUUGUCAUGGCAGCUUGGGCAAAAGAUCAGAAAACUGAAGGAAAGGUGCGGCUACUGGCUGACCCAGCAGGAGCUUUCACCAAGGCCUUGGACCUUACCACAGACUUACCACCUCUAGGAGGACUGAGAUCCAAGCGGUACUCCAUGCUGGUCGAAAACGGAGUCGUAACUAACCUCAACGUAGAGCCCGAUGGCACCGGCCUCAGUUGCUCUCUGUCCAAGAACCUCAAAGUGGCCUAGACUUAAGAUAUUAAGUUCCUUUUCUAUGUUUACCCAAUAUAUCCAGAGAUUCAAUUUGCAUUUAGUUAAAAUUUUUGUCAACACAUGUUCAUUGUAGUGAUUUAUUAAUACCAAAGUUCUGGCUUCAUAGCACUACUGUUGUUGAAAAUUGUUUUAGAAAAUAAAAGUUAAGUUAAUUGA